AUGGAUAGACAAUGGAUUAAGAUGAAAAAUAGGUUGAGUAAGGAAUAUAUGGAUGGUAUUGCAUCAUUUAUGGGAGUUGCAAUUCAGCAAGUGAAUGAAAAAAAUGAGACGAGGUGUCCUUGCAAGAAAUGUUUGAAUACGCAAUGGAAAGCUCUUCAAACUGUCCAUGCACAUUUGUGGGAGUAUGGGAUGUCUGCUGUUUAUCACACAUGGAUAUACCAUGGGGAAAAAUUUGGGUUACCUAGACAAGAUGCAACUCUUCCAAAUGGUGUAGAGGCACUUGGACCCAAUGAUGUUACUUAUGAUAUCUUAAAUGAUGCAUUUCCUCGAGACAUGAAUCAAGAUUUGCAUGGAGAAUGUGAUACUUUUGGAGGAAUGAAGAUGUUAAUGCAGGCCAAAGUUGAAAAUCAUUGGACUAACAAAUCAUUUGAUAUAUUGUUAGAGAUACUAAAUUGGGCUUGUCCUAAGCCACAUAAUUUUCCAACCACUUAUUAUGCUACGAAUAAGAUGUUGAAAAAUUUGGGUCUAGGGUAUGAAAAUAUUGAUGCUUGUGUGAAUGAUUGUGCUUUGUUUUAUAAAGAGCAUGUUGGGAAGGAUAAAUGUCCUGAGUGUGAUGAGCCAAGAUAUAAAUCAAGUACUAAUGAAAAAAGAAAGAAAGUUCCACAAAAAGUAUUGCGUUAUUUUCCUCUGAAGCCAAGAUUACAAAGAAUGUUCAUGUCAAAGCAUACAGCUAGUCAAAUGAGGUGGCACUUUGAUAAACGAGUUGAUGAGUAUGGUGUUAUGAGGCAUCCAGCUGAUAGUAUUGCAUGGAAGGAGUUCGAUCGUAUGUACCCUGAGUUUGCUCAGGAGCCUAGAAAUAUAAGGUUAGGCCUUGCAACAGAUGGGUUCAACCCAUUUGGAAGUAUGAGCACAAGUUAUAGCAUGUGGCCGGUGAUGGUUGUUCCAUAUAAUCUUCCACCUUGGAUGUGUAUGAAACAACAAUACUCAAUCAUGACUUUACUUAUUCCAGGCCCAAAAGCACCAGGAAAGGAUAUUGAUGUGUAUUUGCGCCCAUUAAUAGAUGAGCUUAAGGAGUUGUGGGAGGGUGUUCCAACUUAUGACAAGUUUACUGAUUCUGGAUUUAAGAUGCGGGCAACUGUGAUAUGGACAAUUAACGAUUUUCCUGCUUAUGGCAAUUUAUCUGGAUGGAGCACUAAAGGUUACUUGGCAUGUCCCGUGUGUCUUGAGGACACAUCACAUACCAAGUUGAGAAAUAAAAUUUGUUACAUGGGGCAUCGUCGUUAUUUGAGAAAGAAUCAUCCGUGGCGUAAAAGUUGUGACUUUGAUGGAAAGUAUGAGAUGCGUGAUCAACCGAGGGUAUUCUCUGGUGAUGAGAUAUUACUUCAAUUCAAUCAUCUCAGACCUUGUAAGCCUGGUAAGCACCCUGAUAAUUAUGAUAGAAAGAGGAAACGAAUGCCCAUGGAAUUAAAUUGGACAAAAAAGAGUAUUUUCUUUGAAUUGGAGUAUUGGUCUAAGUUGAAAAUAAGACAUAAUUUGGAUGUAAUGCACAUUGAGAAAAAUAUAUGUGACAACAUUGUUGGGACACUAUUGAGCAUAGAAGGAAAGACAAAAGACACGAUCAAUGCACGUUUGGAUAUGAUAGACAUGAAUAUACGAAGAGCUUUGCACUUACAUAGAGAUGAAACUAACUUAGUUAAGAAGUACCCAGCAAUCUACACGUUGUUACCACAUCAACGUCAAUCAUUUUGUGAAUUUUUGAAAUCUGUAAAAUUUCCAGAUGGGUAUGCAGCCAACAUAUCAAAGAAUGUUAAAGAAGAUGGGAAAAUAUCUGGUUUGAAGAGUCAUGAUUGUCAUGUUUUGCUUCAACAACUUCUACCUGUUGGGAUUCGGCCGUACUUGCCAAAAGAGGUGUGUGCACCUCUUAUGGAAUUGUCGAACUUCUUCCAACAAAUUUGUGCAAAGACAUUAAAAGUUGAAGAUUUGGAUAGGUUGGAGGUUGAUAUUGUGUUCAGACUAUGCAAACUUGAGAAAAUAUUUCCACUAGCUUUCUUCGAUGUUAUGGUUCAUUUAGCUAUCCAUUUACCACGUGAGGCAAAACUUGCUGGCCCAGUAGCAUAUCGAUGGAUGUACCCGAUAGAGAGAAUGCUAGGGAAAUUGAAAGGUUAUGUACGUAAUAGAGCUCGGCCUGAAGGAUCCAUUGUUGAGGGAUACAUUGCAAACGAAUCAUUAACUUUCUGUUCAAUGUAUCUCCGUAAUGGUGAAAUUUUUUCCUCUCAUCAUGAACGAAAUAAUGAUGGUGAAACCAAUGCGAAGCUAUCAGUUUUCAUGCAUAAUGCACGCCCGUGUGGUGGCUACAAAAUGGUUCAAUGGUCAGAGUUGGAAAUGGAAUCAGCUUAUUGGUAUAUCCUCAACAAUUGUGAUGAAGUUGAACCUUUCAAAAAUGAGUUUCGCCAACUGUUAGAAAUAGAAAGCCCAGAUAACUUGGAACAGAGACAAAGGAAAUUGUUUCCGCAAUGGUUAAAGACUCGUGUCAAAACAUUGAGCAAACAAGGAUUGGGGGAUGCAACUAACGAAUUAUAUGCAUUAGCAUAUGGUCCAGAUAAAAGAGUUGGUAUGUAUACAGGGUGUGUUGUAAAUGGAGUUCGGUGGCAAGUAAAGCAUAUAGAAGAAACACGCACAACUCAGAACAGUGGGGUUAUGGUACCUGGGACACAUGGUGAUCAACAAUCUAACUUUUAUGGUAGAUUGGUGAAUGUUGUGAAGAAAGGUUUUCAAGAUGGGUAUCAUGUUAUACUUUUCAAAUGUGAGUGGUUUAAUACUCAACCAAGAUUUUUUAGGAAGAAAAAGAUUCACCGGAUUCGUCGUGAUUAUCAUCUCACUUCAGUGAAUACAACCAAUGUAUGGUAUAAAGAUGAUCCGUAUGUGCUUGCUAAACAAGCCCAACAAAUAUUUUAUCUUGACGACCCUAAAUUGGGUUCUAGUUGGAAAGUAAUUCAGAAGAUUCGACAUAGACAUGUGUGGGAUGUUCCUGAAAAUGAAGCCGCUCAUGAAGUUGAAACAAUCUAUGAUGAAGGAGUAGACCAAGAUGGUGAUGAUAUUGUGAUAACAAGUCGAGAUGAGAAUGAAUUACCAAGCACUUCACUUCGUAGAGAUGAUGCAGAACCUGAAAUAGUUGAGGAGGAGAUUAGUUUGGAACCAAUAGGAGUUGAUGAUUAUGAGGAAGUUUUGACUGAUGAUAAUUCAAUUGAAGAACAAUUGUCAGGGGAUGAGUCAAAUAGUGUUCACAGUGAUGAUUAUAGUGAUUUGGAUUGA